ACGCGGGGGUGGGGUGACGAGCCCACACAGAGCAAUUGCCUUUCCCUCUACGAAGCCAAACUGCUCUGGGAUCUGCCCCAGCCUGUGAAGUCUGAGAUAGCUAUUUACCUGGGCUCCUGGCCUCAUAAUGGGAGAGGAGGAGGGGGGUUUAAAGGGCCCAGCCUCCCAUCGCACUCCCGCCCCACCUGUCUGAGGAUGUGGCAUCGCAACGGCUGCUUCUUCUACUGAGUUAACUAUUCAUGAGUUCUUUGUCACAUCCUCUUCCUGGUGGUGGGCAGAGGAUGGACAGCCCCAUGAGGGGCAAGCUUCCUGGAAGCCUUGCGUUCAGGGAGUUGGGGAGUUGGAGAGAAAGAGAAUAGAUGGGUGGGCUCAAAGCUCGAGGGUGUGAGCAGUAACCUUUCCCUGUGGGGGACUGGAGGGGUGUGUGUCUGUGUUCUUACUGCAGAAGCAGGGCCCAGGAGGGCCAGCUACUGAUCCUGGCUCAUUAGGCCACAUUUCACUGGAAUGUUUACAGGGGUCAAGACACGAACAUUUAAUGGAAUGUCCGUUUGCAUCCAAACAACUUAUUGCCCAUUUGCUAAUUAUAGUAUUUUUCCUGCCCAUCUAAACUUCUUGGGCUACAUUAGAAUCUGAGGGUUAGAAAUACCCAGGUUACCGUUUAAUCCACAAAAUCCUACGUUUCCCCCUUAAGCGUUCUCAAACCAGUUUCUUGGACUUAACCCUUCAAUUGUAGAGAAUUUCCUGCUGAGGAGACACUGACAGGCUGGACUGGCUCGUUAAGAGUCUCCUUUAAAUGGAAACUUUGAGGCAAUAAUGUCCAAACAAGGCCAGUGUAGGCUCUCUGGGGCCAAGAUCUGAAAUGGGUGACCUUCCAGAUGUCUCUAAAAGCCCUCUGACCCUAACCUGGGGGGAAGACUGUCCUCCAAGACCAACCCCUUGAUAUGGGCCAUUUACAGAAGCUCUCAGCCCAAAGCCGUAAGCCAGGAGCACGCCCAGGGUCCUACAAAGGAAGCUGUGUUCUCAGGCCUGGCAGGAGGUCAGGGGAAGUUGGUCCAAUUAUACCUCAGCCUUCCUUUCCAUCCCUUAGGAGGGUCAGGUCUGUUUUCUGGCCCUCCAGGCAGGCAUUCUUGCCCAGGGUGGGAGGGGCUAGGAGGGCAGCCCUUCCUGAGCUGAGAGCCAUGACUCACAGGUAGUUACCUGUCCUUGGGCUCCCUGCCAAGGCUGCGAGGGAGCCUGAAGGGAGAUAUUUAGAGUUCAUUCCUGUUUAUUCCUCUUAAGCUUUUUCUUGGGUGAGUUGGGCUUUGACCUCUUCCUGAUGAACCAUAGCGUUUUAAUCCCCCAAGAAGCAGGGAUUUUCCAUUUUUUUGUUUUCCCUUGGGAGGGGUCUGGUGCUUUCCAGGGUCCUGGAUGUUUGCAUCUUCUUCCCUUCCAGCUCAGUGACCGGUCUGGGGCUAUGACACCUUAUAGAGAAGCCCUGAUCGUUGUGUUCUCUGCUUGGUCUUCUGUCCAGGGUGGUCCAGGACACCAGAGGAGGCUGACCUCUACGGGCCUUGGGAAAGUACCAAGUGCAGUGCCUGUCACAAAUGCCAGUGUCCUUCCCCGACCCCCCACCCCUCCGCCAGGAAUCCUGGUCUCCAAAGAUCACUAACAUUGCCCCCACAAGGCACCCACAGGCAGGCGGGUGCUGCCCAGCUUGCUGUGAGGCCUCUGGGACCGACCCCCCUGCCCAGUCCUGUCUGGGGGUGAGGGUGAGGGCGCACGACUACAGAUGGGCGUGCCAGCUGCCGGAUUCCUGAGUCCCGCCCUGCAGUGGGUGGCGCCCAGCCAGGACGUCUCCAGAGGUGAGGCCGUUGUUUAAAACCUAGGAGCCAGGAGAGGGGACUCCCACAUUCAAGGCGCGCUCUCGGAGAGGCGAUCUGGAGAAAGAACCGCGGCAGCACGGAGUGAGGUGAGGUCCUGGGUGGGGAUCAUCCCAUUGACUGAAGAUGAGGCCGCUCCUUCUCCUGUAUUUUGUCUUGCCCAGCGUCCUGUGUGCCCAGGAAGCCUGCUCCCGUGGGGCCUGCUAUCCACCCGUUGGGGACCUGCUCAUUGGGAGGACCCGGUUUCUCCGAGCUUCAUCUACCUGUGGCCUGGCCAAGCCUGAGACCUACUGCACCCAGUAUGGAGAGUGGCAGAUGAAAUGCUGCAAGUGUGACUCCAGGUUGCCUCACAAUUACAACAGUCACCGAGUGGAGAAUGUGGUCUCGUCCUCGGGCCCCAUGCGCUGGUGGCAGUCACAGAAUGAUGUGAGCCCUGUCUCUCUGCAGCUGGACCUAGACAGGAAAUUCCAGCUUCACGACAUCAUGAUGGAUUUUAAGGGGCCCAUGCCUGCUGGCAUGCUGGUCGAGCGCUCCUCGGACUCCGGCAAGACCUGGCAGGUGUACCAAUACCUAGCUGCCGACUGCACGUCUGCCUUCCCCCGGGUCCGCCAGGGCCAGCCUCAGAGCUGGCAGGAUGCUCGGUGCCAGCGUCUGCCCCAGAGGCCUAACAGGCGCCUGGAUGGGGCCAAGGUCCAACUUAACCUUAUGGAUUUAGCCUCUGGGAUCCCAGCAACUCAAAGUCAAAAAAUUCAAGAGCUGGGGGCGAUCACAAACUUGAGAGUCAACUUCACCAGGCUGGCCCCUGUGCCCCAGAGGGGCUAUCACCCUCCCAGCGCCUACUAUGCCGUUUCCCAGCUGCGUCUGCAGGGGAGCUGUUUCUGUCACGGCCAUGCUGACCGCUGUGCCCCCAAUUCCAGAGCCCCUGCCAGCCCCUCCACCACUGUGCAGGUCCAUGGGGUCUGCGUCUGCCAGCACAACACCGCCGGCCCCAACUGUGAACACUGUGCACCCUUCUACAACGACAAGCCCUGGAAACCCGCAGAUGACCAGGACCCCCACGAAUGCCAAAGGUGUGACUGCAACGGACACUCAGAGACAUGUCACUUCGACCCAGCCGUGUUUGCCGCCAGCCAGGGGACACAUGGAGGUGUGUGUGACAACUGCCAACACCACACUGAGGGCAAGAACUGUGAGCGGUGUCAGCUGCACUAUUUCCGGAACCGGCGUCCUGGUGCUCCCAUUCAGGAGACCUGCAUCCCCUGUGAGUGUGAUCCGGAUGGGGCAGUGCCAGGAGCGCCCUGUGACCCAGUGACCGGGCAGUGUGUGUGCAAGGAGCAAGUGCAGGGGGAACGCUGUGACCUGUGCAAGCCGGGAUUUACAGGACUCACCUAUGCCAACCCGCAGGGCUGCCACCGCUGUGACUGCAGCGUCCUGGGUGCCCGGCGGGACAUGCCGUGUGAUGAGGAGAGUGGACGCUGCCUGUGUCUGCCCCACGUGGUGGGCCCCAAAUGUGACCAGUGCGCUCGCUACCACUGGAAGCUGGCCAGCGGCCGGGGCUGUGAGCCAUGUGCCUGCGACCCGCACAACUCCCUCAGCCCCCAGUGCAACCAGUUCACAGGGCAGUGCCCCUGUCAGGAAGGUUUUGGUGGCCUGACCUGCAAUGCUGCAGCCAUCCGCCAGUGUCCUGACAAGACCUACGGAGAUGCAGCUAUGGGAUGCCGAGCCUGUGACUGUGACUUCCGGGGAACGGAGGGACCAGGCUGCGAUAAGGCCUCGGGCCGCUGUCUCUGCCGCCCUGGCUCGACCGGGCCACGCUGCGACCAGUGCCAGCGAGGCUACUGUGACCACUACCCGGUGUGUGUGGCCUGCCACCCCUGCUUCCAGACCUACGACACCGGCCUCCGGGAACGGGCCCUCCGCCUCAGCAGCCUCCGUAAUGCCACCACCAGCCUGUGGCCUGGGCCGGGCCUGGAGGACCGCGGCCUGGCGUCCCGGAUGCUGGACACGAAGAACAAGCUGGAGCAGAUCCAAGCCAUCCUCGGCGGCGCCUCGGUCACGGAGCAAGAGGUGGCCCAGGUGGCCAAUGCCAUCGUCUCCAUCAGGCAGACUCUCCAGGGCCUGCAGGUGGAUCUGCCCCUAGAGGAGGAGACCUUGUCCCUCCCGGGAGACCUGGAGAAUCUGGACAGAAGCUUCAAUCGCCUCCUCGUUAUGUAUCAGAGCAAGAGGGAGCAGUAUGAAAAAAUAAGCAGUGCCGAUCCUUCAGGAGCCUUCCGGAUGCUGACCGCGGCCCACCAGCGGUCAUCCCAGGCUGCUCAGCAGGUCGCGGAUAGCUCCCGCUCGCUGCUGCAGCUCAGGGACAGCCGGAGAGAGGCGGAGAGGCUGGAGCAGCAGCUGGGAGGAGCAGGAGGGGCCGGCGGCCCCCAGCUCGCGGCCCUGAGGCUGCAGAUGGCUUCCUUGCCUGAUCUGACACCCGCCGCCAACAAGCUCUGUGGGGGCCCCAGGGAGAUGGCUUGCACCCCGGGAGCAUGCCCUGGGGAGCUGUGUCCCCGAGACAACGGCACGGCCUGUGGCUCCCACUGCAGGGGUGCUCUCCCCAGGGCAGGUGGGGCCUUCCGGACGGCAGGGCAGGUGGCCGAGCAGCUGCGGGGCUUCAACGCCCAGCUCCAGCAGACCAGGCAGAUGAUCAGGGCAGCCGAGGAAGCCACCUUGCAGGUGCAGUCAGAUGCUCAGAGUCUGGAGAUGCAGGUGAGCACCAGCCGCGCCCAGAUGGAGGAAGACGUCACACGCACGCGGCUCCUCAUUCAGCAGGUCCGGGACUUCCUCUCAGACCCUGACACUGACAUAGCCACCAUCCAGGAGGUCAGUGAGGCCGUGCUGGCCCUGUGGCUGCCCACAGACUCUGCCACGGUCCUGCGGAAGAUGAAUGAGAUCCAGGCCAUCGCAGCCAGGCUCCCCAACGUGGACCUGGUGCUUUCUCAGACCAAGCAGGACAUCGCUCGGGCUCGCAGGCUCCAGGCGGAGGCUGAGCAGGCCAGGAGCCGAGCCCACACAGUGGAGGGCCAGGUGGAGGAUGUGCUGGGGAACCUGCGACAGGGCACGCUGGCACUGCAGGAGGCCCAGGACACCAUGCAAGGCACCCGCCGCUCCCUUCAGCUUAUCCAAGACAGGGUUGCUGAGAUUCAGCAGGUGCUGGGGCCAGCGGAAAGACUGAUGACCAGCCUGAUGGAGCAGCUGGGUGGCUUCCGAGCACGGAUGGAGGAGCUCGGCCGCUGGGCGAGGCAGCAGUGGGCACAGGCCGCCCAGGCCCAGCAGCUGGCGGAGGAGGCCAGCAAGCAGGCACUGGGUGCCCAGGAGGGAUUUGAGAGAAUAAAGCAAAAGUAUGCUGAGUUGAAGGACCGGCUGGGUCGGAGCCCCACGCUGGGAGAGCAGGGCAGCCAGAUCUUAAGCAUCAAGAUGGAGGCGGAGGAACUGUUUGGGGAAACCAUGGAGAUGAUGGACAAGAUGAAAGACAUGGAGUCGGAGCUGCUUCGGGGGAGCCAGGCCAUCACGCUUCGCUUGGCGGACCUGACGGGGCUGGAGAAGCACGUGGAGCAGAUCCGGAACCACAUCAAUGGGCGCGUGCUCUACUACGCCACCUGCAAGUGACGCGCCAGCGUCCAGCCUGUGGCCCUGCUCAUCUGCCCUCUUUGCUUCUGGGGGCCAGGCCGACUUGGAAUACUGUCCAGCUGCAGGAAAAUUUUAUGCAACCUAAAACACAGCCCGGACCACCCUGGUGUGCAGUUGUUAGGAUUACUCUGGGCUGCAGCUGAGCCUGGGCUGAUGGGACAACUACCGCUGAGGGACAGACAUGGUGGAGGCGGGCCACAUCCUUGUAACCAGGAGCUCUCAAGUGGAGGGCGCUUGGCCGGGCAGUGUCCUUGCCCUUCAUUCUCCGUUGAGGCUGAAUCCUGGACCAACACAGAAACAUAACUAAAAAUGAUGUACAAGUGAAAAGCCCAAUAAAAAUCUAUAGAAAGGAGCCUGGAGUUUC